UCUGGCAUGGAUUCCAUGACGAAGCAUCCAACGGACCUUACUAAUGGUGUGCUUGUAUCUAAGAAGCAAAGAGCAUUAGUUCACAAGACAGCAGACGCAUAAUUUGUCUGGACUGACUGGGUCUCUAGCAGAUGUCCGUGAUUUGCAUCAUCAUAGAACAUAAACUUUUGUUUAGUUUAAAGCUCUCAUAAAGCGAAAUGAUUUUUUUUCUGUUAGCCUUAGAAAAAUUUACUCGAACUUAUUUAUUCCAAAUUGCACUCAAAAUCAUUUGAUUACCUACUCAACUGGAACGAUAAUGUGUUGGUUUUUGGAUUUUACAGUGAACGUUUUGCAGCUCUUCUACUUCAUUCAGUCGCUUUCGUUGUACCUUUAUAGGCCCUUUCAAUUAAGUGUUCCGUGCUUAAAAUUUUUGUUGUUGUUGUUGUUGUCUCCAGGAUGGCACUGUCAUUAUUUCCUGUAUUUUCGUGAUAAAAAGUUAAACAAAUGUGCUGCUUUCACUCAUUUUCACCGACAGACCCUUUUCCGGCGAAACAUUUUAAACUAAGCUACUCUUGCCGCAUUCAUUUUCCGUAUACGGAGAAACACAGGUAUAAUGGCUGGUAACCGUUAUUUAGUGCAUGAACCAAUCAGAAAGCUUGAAAAGCGUCAACAGAGAUAUAGAAUUUGAUGAAGUAAGGCAUACACACACCGAUGGAAAAUUAAGGCGAAAACUUUGCAAGGAACAUGAAUCUUAUUGCUGAUUUUUCCAAGAAAGAGAAACGAAGCGCCAGGAAACAAUACGAACUGAUAAACACGAUAAGAGUUGAACACUGACUUAAAAAAAAUCAAAAAUCAAGUUCAAAACGUAUAUACGAAGCGUGACUAAAUGUGGUUAAUGGCGAUAGUGCGACCGUGACAGUUAUAUUAACCCUCAUUUAAGCUGAAUGGAAGAAAUCACGAAAUUUGGGAAAAAUCACUAUUUAAUUUUUUGUUCGCUGUUACAACAUUCUCGCCACUUGCAGUUGAUUUGAUUAGGUCAAAAGUUAUAAUAUUUCCGUUAGUCUAAACUAAAAAGGUAUCAAAUAAUUUCUUAUAGUUUCCUGGAAACAGAUGGCUAUUACAAGACCAUAACAACAGAAUAUAUUAUCUAAUCAUGACUAGAUUGAGCCAAUUCGAGAUUAAGAGUGAAUUCACGAUAUCUUUUAAUUAUCAGUCAGAAUCUUUGAUUUGCAACAGUAUGCUAUAACUUCGUACGACAGUUCUAUGUUCAGCGAUAACAGUAACGAGAGAGUCCGAAACAUUUUUAGUUCACUAAUUUUUAUCAUACAGACUUCCAUUGUGUAGUAAAUGUUGUGGCACUGUUUUGUAGUGUAACAUUGUUUUAAAGCUAAGCGUAACAUCUGUAUGUGAAUUUUUUUAUCAGGUUGUUGAUCUAGAGUCAUGGCACAUGAUGGUUACAAGAAGAUCCCCAGCGAUGACGAGGCAGAAAAAGUCAGCUUUGUGUCUCUUCUUCUCUUUCAAUGGAUGAACAGUGUCUUCAAGACAGGCAGUGAACGACCUUUGGAUGAAAAUGACUUUUUACCUCUUUCAAACGAGAACACUACCUCGUCAGUAACAGAACGUCUCCAAACAAAAUGGAACGACGAGAUAACAAAAUCCAAAAGAAAAGAGACGAAGCCAAAACUCUGGAAAAGUAUCUUCAUGAUGCUCUCUAUUAAGGAAGUCCUCUUUGUGGCUUUCACUGGUGUUUUGUGGGUAGUUUCCUGCUUUCUUUCACCAUUGUUUCUCGGAUAUCUGGUUACCAUGCUAAUUUCAGGCGAACAACAAGAAGAUAAUCUUCUCUACGGUUGCGCAUUAGCAGUGGCUAUGGGUAUUAACGCGUUGGUUGGUUGUUUCGCUAUGCAUCAUUUUUCCUACCAAUGUGAACUACAGGGUAUUAGAAUCAGUAGCGCCAUAAAAGGUCUAGUUUACAGAAAGACACUUCUCCUCGACAAGCGUGCAUUGUCCAGAUUUUCAAGAGGCCUCGUGAUUGACCAUGUAUCAAAUGAUGUUCAGCGAAUGGAGGAGGCAGCCCUUUGGUUUAGUGCAGUAAUUAUCUCCUUGCCUAAAACCGUGGUAGCGACGUUUUUGCUCUGGCAUUUGAUUGGUUGGCAAGCUCUUAUCGGCGUGAUCUUUUUGUGUUUUCUCACACCAUACUACGCCUUGAUGUCCUCUUUUAGUGCGGUACUACGCCUGCGCACAGCAGCGCAAUCUGACCAGCGAAUUUCCUUGAUGACAGAGGUAGUUUCUGGAAUCCGCUCUAUUAAGACGCAUGGCUGGGAGGACAAAUACCGGGUGAAGACAGAAAUUAUACGAAGGUAGGAAGACAAACAUUUGUGAUGUUACUGUUAAAAUGUUUCUAAUCAAUAACCCUUUAAGAGUGCCUGCCUGUAAAAAUCAGACAAAUUCCUAAUUUCGCGGCAAGGGUCGCCGAAAAUGCGAUUUCGCUCAUAUUCUUAUGGUAGAUAGGCUAGGGCAUGACAAAAACUACUGAAUAGCUUUUUUGGGAAAACAUCCUUCUAUUUCAAAGAAAUAUGCAAAUUACCAAAUUCCGUUAAAAUCGUCAUU